AUGUACACCCCUAUUCCCGCUAAUACCCCGGCACCUACUGCUCCAUCUUCAUCGAUGGCUUCUGACUCCUCAUCCGCAUCGAAUGCCACCACUAGCAGCAGCAACACGAACACAAGAAACAGAGCCGGCGGUGCUCCAUCUAAUGAAAGGGCACGUUCAGGGUCUGGCAUCAGCUCAUUUUUGAAUACCUUUGGAAUUAGACAAAAUAAUCAGGUAGCCUCUCCUUCUGCGGGUCCCGAUCAGCGCCUGUUUGGUACUACGCCAGCUAAUUCUCAUAUGAGUGUAGCCAUGGAAAGUAUCAAUACUUCAGCGCCACAGCAGGAACCGCGGCUACACCACCCUAUACAAAUGCCGCCAUCAGCCCAGUUUCACGUUCAUCGUAACUAUCAACUUCCUAUCUCGUUAUCUCUCACUGCACCCAUAUCCACAGACCAACAUCAACAUCAUCAACAGCCGGCCUCGGUAAAUUCUGAAGGUAACAAUGGUAUCAGUAUUCACGAGCCUUUAAAUCAGCAGCAAUCUAACAAUAUUAAUAGCACAACAACUUCAACCACAUCCAUGGCCCCAGCGGCUAUAACAAGGAAUAAUACCGGGUUCGUAGCAGCUGGUGCAGAAGGGUCUAAUGCGGUUAACAACAGUCAGGAAAUGUAUAAGAAUUUGCGCCAUUUAAUUUACGCUGCGAAUCAGCCAAAUGGGACCGAAAUUUUACAUUUGGAUUUACCUGCAACAAGCGCAGAAGAUUCUACUAAUAUCACCAAUGUUGAUGAGGUUACUUUGAAGCAAAGAAAGGACAAGCAUGGUCUUUUCAGUAUACGACUAACUCCGUUUAUUGAUAGUUCUUCCACCACGAACCAAGGUUUGUUCUUCGAACCGAUUAUAAGAAAGGCUGGUCCUGGAUCCCAAUUGGUUAUCGGCCGCUAUACUGAACGUGUUCGCGAUGCAAUUUCCAAGAUACCUGAGCAAUACCAUCCGGUAGUAUUCAAAUCCAAAGUUGUGUCAAGGACGCAUGGGUGUUUCAAAGUGGAUUCUCAAGGCAACUGGUAUAUAAAGGAUGUGAAGUCCUCAAGUGGGACUUUCCUAAACCAUCAAAGGCUUUCCCCUGCUUCGUCUUUAUCAAGAGAUACUCUUUUACGUGAUGGUGAUAUUUUACAGUUGGGAAUGGAUUUUAGAGGUGGUACGGAAGAAAUUUAUCGUUGCGUGAGGAUGCGAAUCGAGUUAAAUAGGUCAUGGAAACUAAAGGCAAAUUCGUUCAACAAAGAAGCUUUACAGCGCCUUCAAAACUUACAAAAGUUAACGACAGGUGUUGAAGAAGAAGAUUGUUCGAUUUGUCUAUGUAAGAUCAAACCUUGCCAGGCAAUUUUCAUAUCACCAUGCGCUCAUAGUUGGCAUUUCCGUUGUGUGAGGAGAUUGGUUAUGCUUUCAUAUCCGCAAUUUGUUUGUCCUAAUUGUAGAUCAAGUUGUGAUUUGGAGGCUUCUUUUGAAAGUAGUGACGAGGAAGAUGAAAGCGAUUUAGAAAGCGAAGGUGAUCAGCUGGUAGAUCAACUUAGUGUACUAAUGGAAACUUCAAAGGAUGCUGAUAACCAUCCUUAA